UUCUUUCUGUUAGCAGUUCUUGACAGUGUGGUCUCUUGGAAGACAAGCAAGGUGUACUUGACAGUUGUCUCUGGACAUAGGAGAGCUCCACUCCUGGAUGACACAGCCCUAAACUCUCUUGAUAGAGCCCAAGCAGCCAAGAACAAAGGCAACAAAUACUUUAAAGCAGGGAAAUAUGAACAAGCUAUUCAUUGCUAUACAGAGGCGAUCAGUCUGUGCCCUACAGAGAAGACUGUUGACCUUUCCACAUUUUAUCAAAACAGAGCCGCUGCCUUUGAACAGUUGCAAAAAUGGAAAGAGGUGGCACAAGAUUGUACAAAGGCUGUUGAACUUAAUCCCAAAUAUGUGAAAGCUCUCUUUAGACGUGCAAAAGCCCACGAGAAGCUAGACAAUAAGAAGGAAUGUUUAGAAGACGUCACUGCUGUGUGUAUAUUAGAAGGGUUCCAAAAUCAACAAAGCAUGCUGUUAGCUGAUAAAGUUCUUAAACUUCUUGGAAAAGAAAAAGCCAAAGAAAAAUACAAGAAUCGUGAACCUCUGAUGCCAUCUCCACAGUUUAUCAAAUCUUACUUCAGUUCUUUCACGGAUGAUAUAAUUUCUCAGCCCAUGCUUAAAGGAGAGAAGUCUGAUGAAGAUAAAGACAAGGAAGGGGAGGUUUUAGAAGUGAAAGAAAAUUCUGGAUAUUUAAAAGCCAAACAAUACAUGGAAGAAGAAAACUAUGACAAAAUCAUAAGUGAAUGCUCAAAAGAAAUAGAUGCUCAAGGCAAAUACAUGGCAGAAGCAUUAUUACUACGAGCUACCUUCUACCUGCUUAUUGGCAAUGCCAACGCAGCUAAACCAGAUUUAGACAAGGUCAUCAGUUUGAAAGAAGCUAAUGUGAAGCUUCGAGCAAAUGCUCUCAUCAAAAGAGGCAGCAUGUACAUGCAACAGCAGCAGCCUUUGUUAUCCACUCAGGAUUUUAACAUGGCUGCUGACAUUGAUCCUCAGAAUGCAGAUGUUUAUCAUCACCGAGGACAGCUGAAAAUACUGCUUGAUCAAGUUGAAGAAGCAGUGGCAGAUUUUGAUGAAUGUAUUAGAUUAAGACCUGAGUCUGCUCUGGCACAAGCGCAGAAAUGCUUUGCAUUGUAUCGCCAGGCAUAUACAGGAAACAAUUCUUCACAAAUCCAAGCAGCUAUGAAAGGGUUUGAAGAGGUCAUAAAGAAAUUUCCCAGGUGUGCUGAAGGCUAUGCACUAUAUGCCCAGGCAUUAACAGAUCAACAACAGUUUGGUAAAGCUGAUGAAAUGUAUGAUAAAUGUAUUGAUUUGGAACCAGAUAAUGCCACAACAUAUGUUCAUAAAGGUUUACUUCAACUUCAGUGGAAGCAAGACCUGGAUAGAGGUUUGGAGCUUAUCAGCAAAGCUAUUGAAAUUGACAGUAAAUGUGAUUUUGCCUAUGAAACCAUGGGAACUAUUGAAGUACAAAGAGGAAACAUGGAGAAAGCCAUUGACAUGUUCAACAAAGCUAUUAACCUGGCCAAAUCGGAAAUGGAGAUGGCUCAUCUCUACUCACUCUGUGAUGCAGCCCAUGCCCAGACAGAAGUUGCAAAGAAAUAUGGAUUAAAGCCACCAACAUUAUAAAAUAGGGGAAGGGAACAUGACUCUCUUUUUAGAAGAAGUUUACCCCCUCUGCAACUGAACCCUAAAGACACUGUCAUGAACUGUGUUGGAUGAUGGAACUUGGUAUUUCCUGUUUGUGCUGCUGUCAUUCGUUACAUCUGUUUCACGUUUAAGUGUUGUGGGAGUGGCUGUUGAAGGAAGUGUGCAGUGUUGCAGCUUUUAUUCCCUGUGCAACAAAAGCUUAAGACCUGUUAAAGGAUUAUUAAAAUGAAGUUGCAAAGAGUACAACUGAUAAUUGGCCAUGCAAAUAAAACUUUUAUUUGUUGAUUUGGUUCUUUUUUUUUUUUUAGGGGGGCGGGGGGAUGGAUGAUUUUGUCUUUGUGUGUGUGUGUGUAUUUGUGUAAUAUAAGUAUUUUUACAGCAUGUUGGUUUUUAAAGUAACAGAGUAAAUGUUGUAAAUAGGUUUCUUUUAGAUUCAAUGAAUCCCUUUGAGUUUUGGGGUUUUUUUGAAGGAAAUAAAGCCUACAUGGGGAUUUUGUUUUUAAGGCAGCAAAACUGGGAGAACCCUUUAAAGUACUGUCAGCAUGCACAAGGCCUCUAAUUCUGCAGAACCUUUGACUCAGUGGCAACUGUUCAGCCUUUUUACCCCUUCAACUCUGAUGGAUAAUGUACAUUGUUCUUCAAGUCCACAACAGCUGGUUUUCAUUGUAAAUUAUGCAGAAGCAAAUAUUAUGAUUGAUGUAUGUGCUGGAAGACUGAGUUAAUGGAGGAAUGGACCAGGUAAGAGGUAAGGUGAAAUGAAAGUGUGUUUUUAAUUGCCCAUGACUAUUUUCUGUAAUAAGUACUAUUAAAUAGUGUCUUUUUAAAA